AUGUCUAUAAUUGUUCAGAAUGCGGUCGACAAAGAUUUGGAAAUUGUUCUUGUUGCGGGAAUUAUCAUGCGUUAUCCAAAAGAAUAUGAGGAAGGAAAAAUAGUAGCCAUUGGUGGAAUUGGCGAAAAAGUUAGUGCGGCAGUCGAAAAAGGCUGUGAUACUAUUAUCAUUCCAAAAAGUAAUUUAGACUAUUAUACCGAAGUUCCUUUGUCUGUCCGAGCGAAAGUUGAAAAUUUACAUGAGAUAGAAAGUUAUAAAGACCUCGAAAAACUCCUAACAGCCGGAUUAUAA